CGCCAGGAAAACCAGCUGAUCCUGUUCGCCGACGACACGAACCACCGCUGGGUGACGGCCACCUGUCUGCUCGACUACGACACGGUGGCGGCGGCGGACAAGUUCGGGAACGUGGCCGUGCUGCGUCUGCCCACCGGCACCAACGACGACGUGGACGAGGACCCGACAGGCAACAAGGCGCUGUGGGACCGCGGUCUGCUGGGCGGUGCCUCGCAAAAGGCCGACGUCCUCUGCCAGUUCCACAUCGGCGAGACGGUGCUCUCGCUGCAGAGGGCGACGCUGAUCCCGGGCGGCAGCGAGUCUCUCGUGUACACCACCAUCUCAGGCACGAUCGGCGUACUGGUGCCGUUCACUUCGCACGAGGACAUGGACUUCUUCCAGCACCUGGAGAUGCACAUGCGCUCGGAGAACGCGCCGCUGUGCCCGCGACCACCUCUCAUUCCGCAGCUACUACUUCCCCGUCAAGGUGAGCCGCGGCCGGGGCACGCCAACGUGCUGGACGGCGACAUGUGCGAACAGUACAACACAAUCGACAUGGCCAAGCAGAAGUCGAUCGCCGAAGACCUGGACCGCACCUCGAGCGAAGUGUCCAAGAAGCUUGAGGACAUCCGGACCCGCUACGCUUUCUAA